AGUAUGGGAGAAAGCAGGAAGAACAUUUUUAAUUUCACUUUCACUUUAGGGGCUAUCACACUGUAGCAUUUAGCAUAGAGCAGAGCUGAGCAAGGAAACAGACCAAAAAAAACAACCUCUUGACUAAUCAAGCUUACAAGCUGUCAUGGCCUUCCAGUACCCUGGCGCAAGACGAGAUGAGGAAAAGGUGGAUGACUAUCAUGGCGUCAAGAUCUGUGAUCCUUAUGCCUGGCUAGAGGACCCAGAUAGUGAGGAAACCAAGGCUUUUGUGGAGGCACAGAAUCAACUGACGAUGCCUUUCCUGGAGAAUUGUGCUGUGCGAACACAAUUCCACCAGCGCCUCACUGAACUCUACGACUACCCCAAAUUCAGCUGCCCCUACAAGAGAGGGAACCGGUACUUCUACUUCCACAACCAGGGCCUGCAGAACCAGGAUGUGCUGUAUGUGCAGGACUCUCUGGACGGUACCGCCACGGUGUUCUUUGACCCAAACACCCUCUCUGAAGAUGGAACUGUGGCCCUAAAGAUGGGGUGCCUCUCUGAAGAGUGCGAGUUCUUUGCGUACGGUCUGAGCACCAGCGGCUCCGACUGGGUGACGGUGCGCUUCAUCAAGGCGGACGACCUGAGCCCACUGCCCGAUGUGCUGGAGAGGGUCAAGUUCAGCUGCCUGGCCUGGACCCAUGAUGCAAAGGGUGUCUUUUACAACUGCUACCCUCCUCAGGAUGGAAAGGCAGAUGGCACAGAGACAACAUCAAACCUCAACCAGAAGCUCUACUACCAUGUAAUAGGGACCAGCCAGUCUGAGGAUAUCCUGGUGGCAGAGUUUCCUGACAACCCAAAAUGGCACAGUGGAGUAACGGUUUCUGAUGAUGGACGCUAUGCUCUUCUGUCCAUUACUGAAGGCUGUGAACCAGUCAACCGGCUAUGGUAUUGUGACCUACAGCAAUUACCCAAUGGAAUCAAAGGGAUGCUGCCUUGGGUUAAACUGGUGGAUAACUUCGAGGCACAGUACUCGUACGUCACCAACGAGGGCAGCCUGCUCACCUUCCGCACCAACCUGGAGGCGCCGCGCUACCGGCUCAUCAACAUCGACCUCCAAAAGCCAGACCCGGCCCAGUGGAGCACCCUGAUCCCCGAGCACCCCAAAGACGUCCUGGGGUUUGUGGCCUGUGUGAACCAGCGCCACCUCCUGGUGAACUAUCUGCACGACGUGAAGGAUGUGCUGCAGCUGAGAGAGUUGUCGUCAGGCGAGCUGAUCCGAGACCUGCCCCUUGAUGUGGGCACGGUGGUAGGCAUCAGCUGUAAGAAGAAGCACUCUGACUUCUUCUAUAAGUUCACCUCCUUCACCACGCCAGGGAUCAUCUUCCACUGUGACCUGAGCCAGUCUCCCCCAGAGCCACGGGUCUUCAGACGGGUGGAGGUGAAGGGAAUCCAGCAGGAGGACUACCAGACCACACAGGUGUUCUACCCAAGCAGAGAUGGAAUAAAGAUCCCCAUGUUCCUUGUUCAUGCCCGUGGCAUCAUCAAGAAGGAUGGGACAAACCCUGUCUUCCUCUAUGGUUACGGAGGCUUUGAUCACUCCAUUCAGCCAUACUACAAUUCUUCAUACCUGUUGUUCGUCAGACACCUGGGCGGCAUUGUGGCUGUGGCCAACAUCCGCGGAGGGGGAGAGUAUGGCCAGACCUGGCACAAAGGUGGCACGCUUGGAAACAAGCAGAACUGCUUCGAUGACUUCCAGUGUGCUGCUGAGUAUCUGAUCCAGGAGGGAUACAGCACAUCCAGCCGCAUAGCCAUUAAUGGAGCCUCCAAUGGGGGACUGCUCGUGGCGGCAUGUGUGAACCAGCGGCCGGAGCUGUUUGGCUGUGCCGUGGCUGAAGUUGGGGUCAUGGACAUGCUCAAGUUCCACAAGUUCACCAUCGGCCAUGCCUGGACCACUGACUAUGGCUGUGCGGACAAGCCUGAGGAGUUCCAGUGGCUUAUCAAGUACUCCCCUCUGCACAACCUCCCCCCUGCCCCACGCGACGGCCCUCCGUACCCGGCCAUGCUGCUUCUGACCGCGGACCACGAUGACCGCGUGGUGCCCCUGCACACGCUCAAAUACGUGGCGGCGCUGCAGCACGGCGUGGGACGCAGCCCCGGCCAGCGGCAGCCGCUGAUGGUGCGCGUGGACACACGCAGCGGACACGGCGCCGGCAAGCCCACCACCAAGGCCAUCCAGGAGGACGCCGACGUCUACGCCUUCAUCGCCCAGGUGCUGGGCCUCAGCUGGAAGGACUGAGAGGGGGGAGACAAAAGCACAAUGGAACAAAACUGAAAACUAUGAAGUACCCCUGGGGUGCGUUUCCCAAAACCAUAGUUGCUAGCCUGUUAGCAACUUAGUUGGUUGGCAAUGGGAAAUUGCAUUGCAACGAACAAAGUUGCUAACUUAGUUAGCAACUAUGGUUUUGGGAAACGGAUCCCUGGAAAGCACAAUUGGUUUGCUCUCAAUAACAUUCACACACCUCUGAUUAGAUCAUCAAAUGCAACUUCAAAAUAAGCCAUCACUGCCAAAUAAUAAUCAUUUUAAAAAGUCAUAUUUUUGUGGAAAAUGUAUUAUGUUCUACACUGCACAGUGUCUGUAAUCCUUCUUUUCAACACUAGAUGGCAACAGCAGACAACUUUUAUGCGUUACCAUUAUGCACACACAAUGACAACCACUGCCAAAACCACAGUACUGAAAUCUGGCCAAAUGUCAGGCUCUUUCUCUAGACUAAGCCAUGUUUGUAGUCUGAUUAAGAGAGCUGUGCCCCGAGGACUUUAAUUACAAAACUAAUCAAAUGUGUUGGGGGUGAGGGGUGUCACAGAAUACCAUCAUGAAACAAAUGUGAAGAAUGAGAAGAAAAGUGAGCCACACAGUACUAUCAGUGCAUGAUGUAUACAAACAUAUAUUAUUAACCCUUCCCAUAGCUCUGGUCAGACGAAAGUCUUAUUUGGAAAUAACUGAAUUGUAAAAGUAUGUCUGGCAAUUAACAUAAAUAAAGGUAAAAAAGUA